AUGAGUGGAACAGUUGUCAUCACCGGAGCUAAUGGCUCCCUGGCCCUUGGCUUUGUUGAAUCUUUCCUAUCUAAGUAUCCUCAGCAUACCUUGGUAGGCACUGUUCGAAACCAAUCUCCAGAAAAAGACCCCAACACCGCCAAGCUUCUAAGCAUGGUGAACAAGUACCCAAAAGCCAAAUUCCACCUGGAAGCUCUCGAUCUCGGCGAUCUAGCUAGUGUUAGGUCCUUCGCUGAGAAGCUAUCGACCCGGAUUACCUCAAAGGAACUUCCGCGCAUCACAGCGAUUAUCUGCAACGCCUACACAUGGUCGCUCGAAUCGGGGCAGAAGUUUACGUCGGAUAGUUACGAGGCUACCUUCCAAGUCUGUCACCUAUCUCAUUACUUGCUGGUCCUGAAGCUGCUCGGUAGCAUGGACACCACAUCCGGACGCAUCGUCAUGCUCGGCUCCGUCACUCAUGACGCCGAAAAACCGAACCCCUUGUCUUCGCUUGGGCCAUGCUUCACUGACGAUUUUGAAGAGCUGGUCAAGCCAACGCCAGACCUAGCGAAGCUUGUGCAUGACCGUGGAUUCCAGAGAUACGCGACAGCAAAACUUGCAAACGUGACUUUUGCAAACGACCUCAACGAACGACUCCAGAAAGACCCCGAGCUAUCACACAUUACCGUAACAGCCAUGGACCCCGGCGGUCUUCCUUCCUCAAGAGCUCAAUCGGGGCAGAAGAAAUCCGCCAGGGUUCUGAUGGGGACAAUCAACCUUCUCAUGCCGGUCCUCAAGUAUUGCACUACAGCAUUCCGCACUACGGAGGAUGCUGGCCGAGACCUGGCCGUUCUGAGCGUUGAUCCGGCAUUUAGGGGGAAAAGGGGAUACUAUGUCGGCCUAAAGACGGAUUCUGCAGCGCCGGUUAGUCAAGAUCCUGGCAUGCAGAAGACGCUCUGGGAGUGCUGCUGGAGGUGGGCAGGUCUAACACCCGCGGAGACUGUUCUUCAAAGUAUCCUGUAA